AUGAGAACCCAACGAUCUGUGGUCUGGCUUGGGACCUUUGUUCUGGUCUCCUUGUUUCUCAUUUGCUUCAGAGGAUCUAAUCCUUCCCCUGCAGUGAAUGUUUUUCCUUCGCCUGAUCCUCGUCCUUCGGCUAUCUUCCAGAGGCCUGCAAUCCCGCCCAAUGCGCAGCUUAUUGAGCAGACCACCAACCGCAAGGUUGCUCAACCAGACGGAUUCAUCCUAUUGCAUCGCUUGUCGAGAAUGCUGAGCAGCAUUCCGAUCGGCUACUGGCACGCCAAUCGAAAGACCCUGGCCAGGCUAGGGGUGCAGCUCAUCGAUGAGUAUGAUACGAUCUACCAUGCCCUGCUGCCAUUUUGGGCCCUUGAACCGAAGACUAUUCGCGAGCGGGCCCGGGAGACCUUGGGCUUCGACAACUCCAUGAUCGGGAUACUCAUCAGAAAUGGCUCGGUGUCGCUGGCGGAAGGAGGGGCCUAUGAGCAGAGCUGGCAGCGCAGCGCCACUGUCAAGAUGAUCAAGACCUUUGUCGAGUAUCUGCCUGAUAUGGAUCUUGUAUUCAAUGCUCUCGAUGAGCCUCGAGUCAUCGUACCAAACGAGGAUCUUCAGAGGCUAGUUGCUAUUGCUAAAGAUCGGAUCUCCCAAGACACU